AUGUAUCGUAAGUGACAGCCGCUUGGCAAAAACAAACAAAACGACGACAUAUUGAUAACGCUUUUAUUCAACAAAUAGGGUAAAACAGCUACUGUCAGUUUGUGGAUUGUUGCACGUUUCAAGUUUUAAUCAGUCAUCUUUUAACUAGUCUAAUAAAACUCGGGCGAAUAUUUCUGCGAAGGCGCGUUUCGACGUUGCACAACUUGAUUUUGACGUUCCUGGACAUGGAUGUGUUUACCUGGAUUCUAUAAAGUGUUGACAUGGACCAAGGCAAUAUGGCAGAGGCAGAAAACAGAAUAGUGAAAUCCAUACAUUCUGACACAUCGGUUAGAGUUGAGUUCAUAAACGAAACCCAGAGACCUGUUGAUUUGUUUUGGAUUGACUUCCAAGGCAAGUUGGUGAGGUACAAACUCGGACUGAAGCCGAGCAAGAACUAUCACAUAAAUACCUAUGAAACGCACCCAUGGAUAGCCAGAGACACCCGCACAGGCUCAUCUCUUCUCAUCAAGAAAGAUUUCAUUUACUAUCCUAAAGCAAAUGAUGAAGAUGAUGAGUUCCAGCAAAUAUUCAUCUCAUUACCAGUGUUCAGACUUAUUGACAGAUGUGUAGACUUCUUGCGUUCACAUGGCAUCAGACAUCAAGCGGACAAUUUAAGCAUUCCAACUUUACUCGUACAGGAUCUCAAGAAGAAUCCUUUUCUCCCAUGUCAGGAAUAUCAGCCUUGAAGAUUCAUGCUAGACCACUAGCCUGAGACUACUCAAUUGCACCAAGACAAGUUCAAUUCCAGUGAUGGUAGUCCUCAUUGACUGGAAGCAUUUGAGGGUCUGAACAAGGUCUCUGUUGUUCAAAUCUGGUUCCAAUGGAAGUGAAUAACAAGUGAUACACUGGUACAAACAGUGUACAAAUGUGUUUCAUUCAUGCACGGCCAGCUACUCUGAGGAAUAGUGAGACAAUAGUCAUCUGGACAACCCUUAUGAAGAUAUACUGAGUCAAAAAAGAAACUUCACAAAAUGUAAUUUGAAAAAUAAUGAAUAAUCUUUCUCUGAUGAUACA